UGCAGGGAGCUGCCGCUGGCUCGGGGCGGGGGGGGCCGUAGGUGCAUGGGGCGGUGGGAGGGGGCGGUGUCCGGGGAGACGCGUCAGCCGCCGCCGUCGUCGUCGUCGCCGGGUCCCUCCCCUCCGGCGGCCCGAGCCCCGCGGGGAGCGGCGCGGAGAGGAUGAGGCGUGCCGCCUCGCACCCACCGUAGCGGCGCGGCCGCCUCCGCCAUGAAGCGGAAGAGCUGGGCCGAGGCCCGGCGCCGCGCAACCCCGGCGCCGCCGGCGCUGAAGAGAACUCGGGGCGCGGCGUCGCGGGCGGCGGGGGGCGAGGUGGAGCGGCGGCAGCAGCAGCAGCAGCAGCCGCCUCCCCCCGCCGGGCUGGAGACCUGCCUGAGGAUCGCCGAUCGCCUUUAUUUUGCAAUUCUUUGCCAAAAACCAAAGAGUGGAGUUGCAAAUACCCAUUAUUUCUGCAUAGAUGAUGAACUUGUAUAUGAGAACUUCUAUGCAGACUUUGGACCACUCAAUCUGGCAAUGGUCUACAGAUACUGCUGCAAGCUAAAUAAGAAAUUAAAGUCAUUUUCAUUGAUAAGGAAGAAAAUAAUUCAUUAUACUGGCUUUGAUCAGAAAAAGCAAGCAAAUGCUGCAUUCCUCAUAGGCUCCUACGCAAUAAUAUACCUGAGAGAAUCUCCAGAAGACGUGUACAGGCUUAUAUUGGCUGGAAGCAUUUCGUAUCUUCCUUUCAGGGAUGCUUCCUUUGGUACUUGCAGUUUUCAUCUGACAUUGCUGGACUGUUUUCAUGCAAUAAACAAGGCUUUGCAAUAUGGUUUCCUGGAUUUCAAUACAUUUGAUGUAGAUGAAUAUGAGCAUUAUGAAAGAGCAGAAAAUGGAGAUUUUAACUGGAUAAUACCAAACAAAUUCAUUGCCUUCAGUGGACCUCAUUCAAGAAGUAAAAUUGAAAAUGGCUAUCCCCACCAUGCUCCAGAGGCUUAUUUCCCGUACUUCAGGAAACAUAAGGUCACCACUAUAAUACGCCUCAACAAAAAACUGUAUGAUGCCAAACGAUUUACAGAUGCUGGAUUUGAGCAUUUUGACCUCUUCUUCGCUGAUGGAAGCACACCUAGCGAUACUAUAGUUAAAACAUUUCUAAAUAUUUGUGAAAAUGCUGAAGGUGUUAUAGCUGUUCAUUGCAAAGCUGGUCUUGGACGAACUGGUACACUUAUUGCCUGUUACAUUAUGAAGCAUUAUCGCAUGACAGCUGCAGAAACUAUUGCCUGGAUUAGAAUAAAUAGACCUGGUUCAGUGAUUGGACCACAACAACACUUCCUGAUGGACAAACAGGCAGAACUUUGGACAGAAGGAGACAUUUUCCGUGCAAAGUUGAAAGGAAACCGUAAAAUUGCUGUAACAAGAAUUCUCUCAGGAGUAGAUGAUAUUUCAAUUAAUGACACAAGAAACAGGAGAAUGAGCCGAAAGGACAUUGAACUGUACAGUGAUGAAGAUGAAACAAACUGUGUAACACAAGGGGAUAAGCUUCGUGCUCUGAAAAGUAGAAGGCAGACAAAAUCUCCAACUGCAUCACCGCUAACAGUAAUUCUGCAGUCCAGUGUUCAGAAAAAUAACCCUGAACCUAGCAUUUCUGACUGUACAGACAUUACUAAAAGAACUACCAGGUCUGCUGCAAGAAAAAACAGUUUAAAAAGCAGCCAGUCUGUCUCAAGGACUAGAACAGUACUUCGUUAAAUUUCAAAUAAGCAACUAGUGUUGAAGAUGAUAUUCAGGAAUGAAGGGGAUGUGACCUCUAGAGGGGACUUGAUGCAUUUCAAGGAAGAUUACUGUGGCUUCAUUUUUCAGAAAAAGUGAAACAGAAGAACCUCUUCCAUACAUGUAGAAUAAAAUGAACUGUCAGCGUGCUUGGUAGACACUUCCCUAAUGUGCUAACACUUCCUCAAACAAAUCUGUGUGUGUUUAGACUCAGGUGUAAAUACUGAAGCUCUCUAUUAUAAAGAGGGCUUGCUAGUACGUAUGAUGCAUGUGUAUAAAUUGUGAUGGCAAUCACUUAGCUGCUGACCGCCAGAAAUGAAAAGAUGGUGGGAGCUUUUAAGUAUAUAAAUCUGUCUUGUCCACUCAGACUGGGCUCAAGUCCCCACUUGAGACUGAAAAUCAACCACAAAAGCUUUUUUCCUAUAGUAUUGGUACUCUCCUGUGUUAAUUGGCUGUUCUUUCUUAUUUUUUAUGAAGUUUUUUAUGAAGCUACAGUAUUGAGUACACAAAGUAAAUAUUGUCCACCAAAGAGUGCUUUAUUUUCAACGGUUGCGUGGAUUGUUUAUUUUGAAAAAAAUAACUAUAAGUAAUUAACUUAUAGUUUUUAAUAGUAACAGAUUUUUAGUUGUUCACAACCAAUGGCUCUUUUAACUAGUUGUAGUUGCUUUAAACCUGGUAUGAUUUUAAAGGGGAGGAAAAACAGCUUACCAUUUAAAGCAGUGCUGUCAUAUUGAAAUAUCAUUACUGUUUCUUCUCUUAUCUUCAAGUCUUUUAGGUGAAACUUUGAAUUACCAUGUCUAAAAUGCAAGAAUUUUACCCAGGUUUUAUCAGUACACUUAACAUGUGGGUGUCACUGGUUUUUAGCUUUGAGACACUUAAUGAGUGCAGCACACAAAAAAGGGAAAAUAAGCUUGCUGUACACUGAGAUUGGUAGUGGAACUCAGGGGCAGUUACAGUUUUUAACAUCUAAUUAACAGCUUACCUCUGUUAAAAGGCAGUGUAAUUUUUAGAGGAAUCUGUCUGAGACUGAAAUUUUCAUCCACUACGAGACUGUCUUCAAACACUGGCAGCAUUUUGCCUUACCCCUCUUCACAUUAUGAAAUCUCAGAGCUGGCUUUGCAGUGAUGUACCCUUGUCUGACAACUGAAGUUUAUAGCUGCAUAUCCCUCAGAUGAGGACUGUUACCACAUAGCCUUAAAUACAAUACAGUUAUCUGUUGAUGUAGUGACUCUUACACUAGAAAGCAGAAGAAAUGGAGAGAUCUGAAAUAGUAGCAAUAGAAGAACUGAAGUUUUUAAAGAUACAGAUUACCUCUGCAAGGGGGGAGAAUUUUCUUUUUAUGAAUGUAAACAGGCAGGUUCAGUGACUUGUUUCAGUCUGUGUCCUUUUAAAUUAAAUUAAGCUUUCUGUUAGGCUGGUGAUUUUUGAAUGCCAAUAUGGAUAACCACACGUUGGCUUGAAAACAUUUUGUGGCAAGAGCAUCAUGAGUUGGAGGGGAAGCAGGACGUGAAGUGUAAGUAAACUUACAGCUUAAGCUAUCAUAAAAUCAUAGACUAUGUUGGGUUGGAAGGGACCUUUUAAGGUCACCUAGUCCAACCCCCCUGCAGUAAGCAGGGACUUCUUUAACGAGAUCAGGUUGCUCAGAGCCUCAUCAAGCCUGGCUUUGAAUGUCUCCAGGGAUGGGGCCUCUACCACCUCUGUGGGCAACCUGUUCCAGUGUCUCACCACCCUCAUUUUAAAGAACUUCUUCCUAGUGUCUGAUCUAAACCUGCCCUGCUCUAGUUUAAAACCAUUGCCCCUUGUCCUAUUGCUGCGUGCCCUUGCAAACAGCCCCUCCUCAGCUUUCCUGUAGGCCCCCUUCAGGUACUGGAAGGCCACUCUAAGGUCUCCCUGGUGCCUUCUCUUCUCCAGGCUGAACGGCCCCAGCAGUCUCAGCCUGUCCUCAUAGCAUCUUUGUGGCCCUCCUCUGGACCCACACCAUCAGGUCCCUGUCCUUCUUGUGCUGAGAACUCCAGAGCUGGACACAGUACUCCAGGUGGGGCCUCACUCAGAGUAGAGGGGGAUAAUCACCUCUUUGGAUCUGCUGGCCAGCGUUCUUUUGAUGCAGCCCAGGAUGCAAUUGGCCUUCUGGUCUGCAAGCACACAUUGUUGGCUCAUGUCCAACCAAUAGCCCCAGGUCCUUUUCUGCAGGGCUGCUCUCUAUCAUGUCAUCCCCCAGCCUGUACUGAUAAUGAGGAUUGUCCCAACCCAAGUGUAGGACCUUGCACUUGGCCUUGUUGAAUUUCAUAAGAUUUGCUUGAGCCCACCUCAGUAGCUCAUCCGGGUCCCUCUGGAUGACAUCCCGUCCCUCUGGCAUGUUGACUGCACCACUCAGCUUGGUGUCAUCAGCAAACUUGCUGAGGGUGGACAUGAUCCCAGUGUCUAAAUCAUUGAUGAAGAUAUUGAACAGCACCCGUCCCAGUACGGAUCCCUGAGGGACACCACUUGUCACCCCUCUCCAUGUGGACAUCGAGCCAUUGACCACUACCCUCUGGAUGCGACCAUGCAGCCAGUUCCUUAUCCACUGAACAGUCCACCCAUCAAAUCCGUAUCUCUCCAACUUAGAGAGAAGGAUGUUGUGGGGGACCAUGUCAAAGGCCUCGCAGAAGUCCAGGUAGAUUAUAUCUGUUGCUCUCCCCUUGUCCACUCCUGCAGUCACUCCAUUGUAGAAAGCCACCAGGUUGGUCAGACAGGACUUGCCCCUGGUGAAGCCAUGCUGGCUGUCUUGAAUCACCUCCCUGUCUUCCAUGUGCCUUAGCAUAGCUCAUCCAUGAGUUUGGAUAGUCAAAAUUCGCAAAUAUGAAUACAAAGAAAAUAGAAGAGGCUUGUAUGGUGCAAAAUAAAGGUUCAGACCCCGAAUACUUUUUAUUUUCCUCUUCAUCCUCACCACCAUUUUCUUCUAGGUGAAAAGCAUCUGAGAGAGAGGGACAGAAUUCACCCUGAUGCAGUGAUUAAAAUUUCCUGGCUUUUUUUUUUUUUUUUUAAGUUAGCCACUUGCCCAAAAGUUGAAGUACAGGUAACGACAAUAGUAGGUAUAUUGUGCAACUAUGAAUCUGUGUUUAUUUUUAAAGAAAAUUCUUAUCUUGGAAGGCAGAAGGGAUGAAACUAGUGAGGUAGUUGUCCAAAAAGCAGAUGUGUUGCCCGGUGCGCAAUGAACCAAUUCUCGCACACAGGGGAGAUACUGUUUUUUUUUAUUCAGACUUGGGUGCUCAGUGGUUUUCCACAAAUCAAGCACACUUCAUGCUGGUUUCCUCUUUAUAUUUACGUACAAAAGUUACAAACUAGUACGCUCCCAGUUACAAUGACUGGUUAGUAAUUUACAUAUAAUUAUCAUACUGCUGAGUCAUUCUCUUCAAUCACUGCACCUGUGUGGAGGAAGGGUCUUCACCUGGGCAAGGGUCAUCUUGACCUGUGGGGGUGUGUUAUAGUAUUAUAACGAAGACAGUUAAGGACACCUGGACUUGGGUUUUCACUGCCAAGUUGGCAGUUGUUUGUAGAAUUGUUUAUAGAAACAUCUUGAUUAGAUGUUCAUUUAAGGUCUUAGUGUCCCAGGAAAACCAAAUAAUGAGGCUACAGAUGUUCCUUCAAACAAUUCCCUUUGAUCCACUCCUUAGCAACUACUUAGCAACUAUCUACAAUCAUCCUUAACUAUAGAGCCAGUACAUAAAGCUUGAUUAACUACAGAGGUGUGGUUAACUUUAAAUUCGAUGAUGGAUAUCAAGAUGAGAGGGUAAGAGUCAAAACAAGAACGAUUUAGUAAUAUUUCUUGUGUUUGGCAUUGCCCUUCUCUCAGCUGAGCUGCUUCUUUUAGCAUCUUCAUUUUUAACCUAAAAAUAAUCAGUCCCAUUUCACACCCCUUCCAAAUUCCAAAUUGGAAUUUGCCUUAGCACUUUCAUGUUCAUCAGAAGUAAAUUUGCAUAAAACAAGUGCACAAACACACACAAUAGCAACUCUAGCUAAACCAAAACUGCAUGUUUGGUGUGAAUGUGUUUCAGGGUACCCCUUCCACUACCCAGUAUCUUAGUGAGAAACACAUAAAUGUCAAAUGGAUUUUACAUUUGAACUCUCCAAACAGCCUUAUAUGGAAAAUUAACGCAUUACCUCAUUGUGUCCCAUCUAAUUGUAUUGCUUAGUUUGUUCUUCUGAAUUUUUAGUACUUUGUCUAGCAUUUUUAUUAUGCCAUACCAAAGCUGUCUUAAGUACAAGAAUCAAGAGUGGGCGUGGGUGAGGGAGGCCUUGGUUUCUCAAUCUUUUUUGAAUUGUGAAGUAUUACGUGCCAAAAUGGAAUGUGUGGCGGCAGCUGCAUCACCGUUGUACCACAGAGCAGCUGAGCGAAGUUAUUUCUGCUGCCAUCAAUUAGGAGUUUUUCCUUAGAAAUUCUUUCCCCUCUUUCAAAUACAUGACAGAUGGAUUCUCCCUUGAUCAAAAGUCUGCAGCAUACUCAAAAGCUGUAAUAUCUUGGGUCAAAUUGCUAGUUUCUAUUACAGCAUCAGUAACUCAGAUGUUAACCCAGACCUUGUCUUUUUGCCCCAGUGUGACAAUAGAGGAAGUGCUGCUGAUUCAUUUAAAACAAACAAAAAGAUUUGUAGAAACUCAUGCAUUAAAAUUUAAAAAAAUAAAAAGAAAAAUGUGAUGUUCACCAGUUUGUUGCACUGCAGUUUUUAUAUUAAUGGUUUGCAGACUGUUUGUCUUGCAUAAACUCAUGUACAGGCUAUCAAGUUCUAAAAUUUCUUGACUAAUCAGUACUGUUCAUCCUGAUUAUUUUUAAAUUGUAUAUUUCUAAUCAUAUUUUUUUAACUUGGAUUGACAGAACGGGAGUUUAUUUUGCUGAAGGUAUUUUUAAGAUAAAGCUUCAUAUUAUCUUGUAAUACUAAGUAGUUCAAUAUGCAUUUGUGUCUCAUUUGAAAAUACUGCAUAUUGUAUUUGAUUUUAUACAAAAUAUUCAAUAGUGACAAUUGUAA